AUGCAACAAAAUCGAACGCUCCGACGUCACACGCGCACCACUCUCAAAAAUGCCAGUUCUGAAAUAUUAGAUUAUCAAAAAAAACUGACACAAUUGAUGCAGGAUAGUCCAUUACCUGAAGAUGGUGAAGCUCCGCAUAAAGAAUCAACAACGGCAGCCAAGAAGAGUGAAGAACCACGAGGGGAAGGUGCCAUAGUAAUAGCUAGUGAUUCAGGGAAUGAUUUGAGAGAGGCAUCGGAAUCAAUGGUUGGAAGUCUCUGUCAUAGCGAUAUCAUGGAUAUGCGAUCGACUUCGCGCUUCACGAAUGAAAUUUCAGAAGAAUCUUGGAACAAAUUUGUGUUGAGUACAUAUCCCGAAUAUAAUCUACCUAAAGAUUGGGAAAUAUUUAUACAAGAAUUCUUCAAGCCAAAGGUUAGUCUAGAAGAAUGGAUAAGCGAUUGGCGUGAACUCCAUAACCAAAAAAUCAACGGAAACAAAAUUCACAAAGGCUUGGCAGAUGCAAUCUACCAUAUACUUGCACCAUAUAUUGAAGCCUUUGAAGCGCCUUACAACAUAUUGACGUCAGGAGACUUACGAGAAAAUCAAUAUAAUGCUCAGUUUGUUAAUUCUAUAUUAAAGAAUACACUAAAGGCCAUAUGUAACAUUGAUUGGAGAAUUCUUGAAGUGCCAGUAAAAAGUAGCAAAGAUCGUCGUAACGCAAACAUCAAUCCAAUCAUUGAUACAGUCUUAGAGGCGAAAUGUGCAGAUGGGCUUGCUCGUCUUUGGCUAAGUCAUGAAGAAGUAUUUCUAUACGAACAAACAGGACCCCCGAACUUCGAUGAUGUGACGCAACUUUACGUUCAUGAUUAUAAGCUGAUUAGAACAAUGAGAGAUGUGCUGAACCAAAGAAUAAUCCUUCACCUUAAAGACGGAAUAUAUGAUCACAAAAAUCUUGCAAGUUUCAGUGCUUUUGGUCAUCGUACUGAAGUAUCUUUACUUUGGCUAACAAUACAUCAGAAAUCAUAUUGUCUUCGCGAAUACGGAACUUUCAAGAUCCCCACAGCUUGGCAAGAUUUCCCUGUUUUUUCCGAAGCAAUCAUAUCAUGUCUUAAGUUCUUUUCCUUCAUGAGAGAAAAUAUCGAAGUGAAAAGAUCAUACGUUGAACAAAAGCAAAAGUUGCUGACCAAACGACGGGUACAUACAAUAAAGCAGAACCAAUCAUCACCAGGGCGACCCAAAAAGCAGAAGUCGAAAUGA